CUUGUGUGCUGCUGGAUAUAUGUGGUUUUUACUUCCUUUAAUUUACAGAUUUGUGCGCUUCGAAUCCUUGUCAGAAUGAAGGAACAUGCAACAAAAUACCGGCGAAUUAUACGUGUUCAUGUGUAAAGGGAUUCAGCGGACAAAAUUGUGAAAAUGAUUUUUGUUUCCCGAAUCGUUGUCAAAACAACGGUACUUGCAUUCGAAAAACGAAUGAAUAUAAAUGCAAAUGCGAACCUGGUUAUGGAGGGAAAAAUUGUCGCAUAGACUUUUGUGCUGAGAACCCUUGUCAAAAUGGAGGAACGUGCAACAAGGUUAAAAGAAAUUCUACGUGUUCAUGUUUACCUGGAUUCAGUGGACGAAGUUGUGAAACAGAGAAAUUUCAAGACUUUGGAAACGGUUGUGCAAUCCAUAUUAAUAAAUUCCUUCUCAAAUAAAUCGUAUGAAGAGGCCAAGAUACAAUGCAACUCACUUCAAGCAGAACUUGCCAUCAUUAAGUCGAACCAAUCGAAUGUCAUCAUUAACCAAUACAACCAGCUGUGGAUGGAUUCCCAACCAUUAUGGUUGGGAGGUAGAGAGAGCAAUUCGUCGUGGAAAUGGUUAGAUGGUAGCAACGUUGAUGGUUUCAAUACAUCAACUAUGACUCACGAUGGUUGUUUAUCAACUGCUGUAAAUGGAAGUUGGUCUGCUGAGAAUUGCACCAGGAGAAUCGGAUAUGCUUGCGAGAAACUUGUCAACGGGGGAGAUUUAUGUUCAUCCUCAAAAUGUAAAAACGGUGGUAAUUGCACGGCGAGCGGAUGUCAUUUCUACUGCAACUGUCCUCCUGGCUUUGCUGGUUUGAUUUGCGAAAUAUCCAAUGUGAACCAGACAGCUCCAAUGAAUGGUAAAGUUGGUUACGUCAUUCCAGUUGCUAUAGCAGCUCCUCUGGUGGUGUUGCUUAUAGUUGGAAUCCUUGUUAUAAAAUGGCGAAAAGAUAAAAAUAAAGACACAACUGUAAGCUUUGCUGUUACCGGGAACAACGAUGCGGCAUCCAAUGAAGUAAUAGAAGCAGACGUGGAAGUAGUGUAUUCAAACGUGGUAACUGAAACUGGCAACGAAAGCCAUGCGAUCGUUGUUAAAGAACUACCGGCUAUUAUACACGUUCUUUUAAAAGCAAAAGGAAACCAUUCUUUAGGGAAACAAUUCGAUGAGCUGAAAGAAUUGACCAUGAGAAACGACGCCUACCUUACUGCGGCGUUACUUCCUGAAAAUAAAGUGAAAAAUCGCUUCAAGAAUAUCAUUCCGUAUGAUCAGACAAGGGUUGUUCUGGCAGAAGAUGGCACUCGAAAUGAUUAUAUAAACGCUAAUUAUAUCGACUGUUACAGUACACCCAAGAAAUACAUUGCUACCCAAGGGCCACUACCUCGAACCGAACAGGACUUUUGGAGGAUGGUUUGGGAAACAGAAUCAUCUGUUAUUGUCAUGUUGGCCAAAUUGGUUGAAAACGGAAAGAAAAAGUGCGAAAAGUAUUGGCCAGACUACAAUGGAACUAAGUCUUACCCCUCAAUGCAAGUGACGUGCACACAGGAGGAAGUGUUUGGCUGUUUUACUGCAAGAAGUUUCACAAUGACGCGCUGGGGUGCGACAAGACAAAUUACGCAGUUUCAUUACACGACAUGGCCGGACCAUGGUGUGCCAAUCACGACUUCGGGAUUACAUGCAUUUAAGCGAGCUGUACUGGGAAAGCAACAAGAGUUUGGUCGAAACAAACCAAUUGUUGUUCAUUGCAGUGCUGGGGCGGGACGAACUGGAACCUUCAUUGCUUUUGAUAGCUUAACUAUGGAGAUGAAUCAGAAGGACAACGUCAACGUUUAUCAAACUGUUCUGGGCAUGAGAAGACAGAGAGUAGAAAUGGUGCAAACGGAGAAACAAUACAUGCUGCUGCACAAGCUCGUGGCGGAAGAAUACGCUCUUGGAACUACAGAAGUUGGUUUUGGAAAUUUAGGUUUACGAAUCAAAGAACUAGAAAGAAUGCAGGGAUAUGCAAGAGAGAUGGAGAAAUUGAAUAGUGUUGUGCUUCGUGAGAAACACACUAUACAGCACUUCCGAAUAAUGGAUGAUAGAUUUGCCCCCGCCUCCAAAUACAACGCGUCUUUCAUUGAGAGCUACGACCGAACUAAAACAGAAAUGAUAGCGGCUGAUGGACCAACAGAGGCAACCAUAAAGGGUUUUUGGGGAGCUGUUUUAUCAAACCAAGUUCAUACGAUCGUGUCACUGAGGUCAUCAAGUGAGGAGUCAAAGCACCGCUGCAUGCCGAGUUUACAAAUACCAACUUGGAAUUUCGAUAACUUUGUUGUAAAGUUACUGACGGAGAGUGACGCGGGUAAUGACGUCAAACAACGAGAGUUGCAUCUUUCUCAUGGAGCAGGAGAGCAAAUUGAAAUUGGAUUUUAUCACUUUGACAAUUGGCUUCCUAACUCCAUACCAAGCUGCGGCGAUGUUUUGGAACUUAUUAAAAAAACGCAGAAAUCAAAAUUGCAUCGGUCGGGCAAGGUCCUUGUUUAUUGCAGUGAUGGCGUUGGUCGGACCGGGGUAUUCUUCGGCGUUUUAAAUUUAAUAGAAAGAGCAAAAUUGGAAGGGAAGAUUGAUGUUCCAUGGCAAGUGAAGGACAUGAGAGAAAUGAGACAGGGAAUGGUUAACACAGAGGUUUUAUACAGAUUUAUUUAUCAGUGUUUGGUGGAGUUCGUGUCGACCUUUGAUGUUUAUUCGAACUCUAUUGGAAGUUGAGAAAUGUUUGAAAAUACGGUGCCAUCAUAUAUUAAUUGAAUAUUUUAUUAUACGCACGGAUUAAUGCGUUUUGGUAAAUUAUUUAUAGUAAAAAAAUGUUUUUUGAAUAUAUUUCAACUGUAGCUAAUUGCCAUAUUUCCCCAAAAAGUAUUAAUAUAAUAUAAAAGCUGUGUCAUAAGUGUAAUUUUAUUUGUUGCAGUUUAUGAACAUGCUGCAGUUUCAAAAGCAAUCACCAUUUAUUUUUAAUCACGCACUGUGUAUUUUCAAAUAAUCAUGAUUAAUUUUUGCAGAGUUCGUUUUUUAUUUUUUAUUAAAUUACUGGGACGUGUCAACAUGGUUGUUUAUUAUUUUUACUUAAAAAGCAAACCAAAAAUUUAUACUUUUUUGCACUGUAUGCGGAAAUGCUUUCUAAUCUUGUACAAACACCUUUCAAAUUGAGUGCCCUCUUUAAAACUAUCAUAUAAAAGCCUAUGAAUAAAUUUUCAAAGCUUA